UCACCUCGACACUGCCAAAAAUAGCAGCAACAUAGCAGCUGCAGGUGGCGGUCUGUGCCCGGAGGACAUCGCGUUGCGGCGGCAUGGGGAGGGGGAAGGUGCAGCUCCGGCGGAUCGAGAACAACGUCAGCCGGCAGGUGACCUUCUCCAAGCGGCGGUCGGGGCUGCUGAAGAAGGCGCACGAGAUCGCCGUGCUCUGCGACGCCGACGUCGCCGUGAUCGUCUUCUCCGCCAAGGGCAGGCUCUACGAGUACUCCGCGCACACAAGCAUGGAAAGAAUCCUCGAGCGAUAUGAGAGAUUUUCCUUAUCUAAAGGAAACAUGGUCGAAGAAUUCACCGAUCUCGAGGGGAGUAUGAACUACGAUCAUAUCAAGUUGACUUCUAGGAUUGAAGCUCUACAGAAGAGUCGAAGGAAUCUUAUGGGAGAGCAACUGGAUUCCCUGACAGCGAGGGAAGUCCAGCAGCUUGAGCAGCAGAUUGGCAAUGCCCUCCGGAACAUCAGGCUCAAAAAGAAUCAUCUCUUAACCAACUCGAUCGGGGAGCUCCAAAACAAGGAAAGGAUGUUGAUGGAGCAAAAUAAAAUUCUUGAGAAGGAGAAGGCUGAAGUACUGGAGGCAUCCCUGCACAAGAACCGCCCUGCUCCUUUCUGCAAUAAUACAGUUGCCUCCCUGCCCAACCUGAACAUCUGUCUGAACAUAGACAUGCAUCAAACCACAGAGGGACGUGACACCUCACAGCCAGGAUCUGAGACGACGACAACGCUCAAACGAAUGAGCAGCGGUGGCGGUUAUGUCUUUCCUUGGUUGAUGCUCCGGCCGUCGUUGGAUGACUAGAGGAGGACCGAGUACUUGCAUAACAUAUGUUUUAGUGCAAGAACCUUCAGAAUUUCAGAUGCUUUCCCAGACAUUGCCGCUGAAUAAUUUGUUGAUUGCUAGCUUCUGGUUUUCUUAUUGUAGCGUUGAACAUGUACUGAAGAAAAGCUCUAGUUAGUUCAAGCUACUAGUUUGAU